CUCCUCAACCAUGACGUGGCUUCUUAAAAAAUCAACACGUGUGUAUUUUUUUUUUUUUCCCUCUUUCCUCUUUCCUCUUCCUCCAACCUUUUGGCUGGUUUUAACUGCAGCUCCCAAAGACACCGCCACCCCUAUUCCAAAUCCACCCUCAUCACCAACCUCGCCCUCUCCAAAAACCUCUCACUUUAUCUUUUUUUAUUGUUCAUCAUCUCAUAUAUGUGGGUUGUUGAAUCUGAUAUUCAUCUAUCAUGAGCAAUAUUCCAAGAUCUCUAACCGACUCCGCCCUCCCCCUCUUCAAUCUUGCAAUCUCUGCUUCUGAUCCUUGGCCUUUUCCUUUCGUCUUCUUAUAACCCAUCAAGAAAAUUCAAAAACCACUGAACCUAUAAGGCAGCCCACCAAACGGCACCAGCAAAUUUUUUUGGUUUCACCUCUAUUUAGCAUAGUUGGGUACGUUUCACCCCCAGCCAUGGCCAUCAGCUUCCCCAAGAACAAGGACUGGGACUACUUCAAGGGCAUUCCUAUGUCAGCGGUGACAAGCCGACAAGGUUUUCAAGGGGGCAGGGCGCUUGAAUGCAGGUUCACAGAGCGUCUUGAACCUGUGAAGGUUUUCAAGGGCCUCAUUUGUCCCAAUUAUAAAGUGCAUCCCAUACUUACUGAUGGUUCUGCUAACAAUAAGCAGGUUAACCUUAAUGAGCUAAGGUGGAACACUCUGUUUUUAUUCUUUUCAAACCUGAACAUUUCUACCCGUCAUAUUUCAAGUCUGAAUUCAGUUCAUGAUGAGGUAAAGAACAGAAGGGGCAUGCAUAAGAUUGUAUGGAUCCCUGUUGGGGAGCAUUGGAAUGAAAAAGUACAAAAGGAUUUUGAGAGGUUGAGGGCUAAGAUGCCGUGGUACACAGCCCAGUGUUUUUCACCCAUAUUAGACCUCAAGGAGAAGUGGCGUUACAAGGGUAAGCCUAUCUUGGUUGUGAUGAACCCUCAAGGCGAUGUGAAAAACACCAAUGCUUUCCCCUGGAUUUGGAAGCAUGGAAUGAAGGCCUUUCCUUUCUACGAUGCACAAUAA